CACACACAAUGAUUACGGGAAAGCGUAAAUAAAUACGGAAAGGGUUGAUUAUUUUGACUACUGGAGGAGCUUUGCUGGGUCUCAGCACAACUUUUGUUUUUAUUACUGAGAAGGUAAUCUCUCUAAGCGUUUCUCUCACACAAGGAUUCUUUAAAAGAAGAAGAGAGACCAAGAGAGGGGGGAGAACAAUCUUUCACUUUAAGACCGGCUGGGCUCAAAGAUAAAAGGAAGGGGGAAGCAGCAGCUAGGAAUUCACUGCUGCAGCACAUCGGAAAGACGUUUUUUGAUACAUUUCUAGAGCGCAGCGGCCCGUUUCUCCACCGAAGUUGGCGCCAGCUCUAGCAGCCGCAUUGGAUCCCACAGCUUACUGCGAGACUCCGGUGUACAAUCCGGAUCUCUGCCCCAACAUGAUCGCGGCCCAGGCCAAGCUGGUCUACCAUCUGAAUAAAUACUACAAUGAAAAAUGCCAAGCCAGGAAAGCUGCCAUUGCCAAAACUAUCCGGGAAGUCUGCAAAGUUGUUUCCGACGUACUUAAAGAAGUGGAAGUGCAGGAGCCCAGGUUCAUCAGCUCUCUCAACGAGAUGGACAAUCGCUACGAGGGCCUCGAGGUCAUCUCCCCCACCGAAUUUGAAGUGGUGCUGUACCUUAACCAAAUGGGGGUGUUCAACUUUGUGGACGACGGCUCCCUGCCCGGCUGUGCGGUGCUGAAAUUGAGCGACGGGCGCAAGAGGAGCAUGUCCCUCUGGGUGGAAUUCAUUACCGCCUCCGGCUACCUCUCCGCGCGCAAAAUCCGGUCCAGGUUUCAGACACUGGUGGCUCAAGCGGUAGACAAAUGUAGCUACAGGGAUGUGGUAAAGAUGGUGGCAGACACCAGCGAAGUGAAACUGAGAAUCCGAGAUAGGUACGUGGUGCAGAUCACCCCGGCUUUUAAAUGCACCGGGAUCUGGCCGAGGAGUGCUGCCCACUGGCCACUUCCCCACAUCCCCUGGCCGGGACCCAACCGGGUGGCGGAGGUCAAAGCCGAAGGGUUCAAUCUCUUGUCCAAGGAGUGCCACUCCCUGGCCGGCAAGCAGAGCUCGGCCGAGAGCGACGCCUGGGUGCUGCAGUUCGCGGAAGCAGAGAACAGACUGCAGAUGGGGGGCUGCAGGAAGAAAUGCCUCUCCAUCCUUAAAACCUUACGGGAUCGUCACCUAGAAUUGCCCGGGCAGCCUCUGAACAAUUACCACAUGAAGACUUUGGUUUCCUACGAGUGUGAAAAGCAUCCCCGGGAGUCGGACUGGGACGAGUCUUGCCUGGGUGAUCGGCUUAACGGGAUUUUGCUGCAACUUAUCUCUUGCCUGCAAUGCCGGCGUUGUCCUCACUACUUUCUACCGAACUUAGAUCUGUUUCAAGGCAAACCUCACUCGGCUCUGGAAAACGCUGCCAAACAAACGUGGCGCCUGGCAAGAGAGAUCCUAACCAACCCGAAAAGUUUGGAAAAACUUUAGAGGACAAUUUAAUUAAGACCGAAAUGUGAUUACUCUUUUCAAAAUUCUAAUUACGUGUAAACUUCUUGUUCAGUCCCUAAUAUCCCACUUGACAAUGCAAACAAUCUUUCCUUAAAAAGGAAGAAUAGUACAAUGUUUAGGCAUCAUCUCACUCACCCCUCCAAGGGGAGAAAAAGAAGUAGUUGAAGCAGAUGGAAGAAAACCCAAACCACAAGUAUUAGAAGACUUCUUUACAAAGGAUUUCAUAUCUCCCUUGAAAAGUACACAGUAACACCCGGAAAACAACUCCGCUGUAAUGCAAGACCACAAUGAACACUCUGCCUAACUAUCAAAGGAUUAUAGCAAUCCUGGUGAUUUAGGUGCAUCUGUCUGUGAGUAAACACGAUUUGGAUAUGCCAUCUGAAGGAAAGUGUAAUGUAUAUUUUGAUUUGUAACAAAUAUUGUGAUCUCACAUUGUCUUUGAAAGUGUGAAUGUUGGUGUUUUGUGAUUUGGUGAACAGAAGUUAAAUUGCCAUUUUGGAUACUUCCAGACAUUUUCCACAAACAAAGAUACCAUUUAAAGGUAGAUUUCCUUCCUGGUACUUUCAUUGG